AACUUUUACCCUUUGUCUUUUUCCCACGGUAUACUCGUAUACUUCGACUGCGACUGCUGCACAAACCUCACCCUUAGUGCAGACGUGCAGUACUUUUUGUCGACCAAAACAGAAAAGAGACUCCACUCCCGUUGCUCCAUACCCUUUCUGAACUUCUUCUUACAUUCCUGAGUUACAGUUUCCGGAUUUUGAUGUUGAAACCCUUAGAGGAGCACGAUUACAUCGGCUUAUCAGAGGCUCCCUCAAUGGAGCACUCGGAAAAGACUCGCAUUUCAUCAGUGGGAAGUGAGAGCAAAGACAAAGAUUUGAACUUGAAGGCUACUGAGCUUAGAUUGGGCUUGCCCGGUUCUGAGUCCCCAGAUAGGUCAACGGAAUGGGGUUUGAGGUGUUUGACCUCUGGUGCCAAAAGGGGGUUCUCAGACGCCGCACAUGGUUGUUCUGGGAAGUGGGGUUUCUCUGGAUCUGAGGUUGAAAUGAAGAAAAGCGGUUUCAAUGGCGGUGAGAGCAGCAACCAGCAGACUCAAGUUGCUUCAGAUGAUGUCAAAGAAGAGAGGAAGCCUUUCAUUGCUCCUGCUGCAAAGUCCCAGGUGGUAGGAUGGCCCCCAAUUCGAUCUUUUCGAAAGAAUUCAUUGAAUGCUAAUCCUCCCAAGAAGGAAGAAAAAGAAGACUUCAACGGAAAGUCGGGAUCAAGUUGUCUCUAUGUCAAAGUCAGCAUGGAUGGUGCCCCUUACUUGAGGAAAGUUGACCUCAAGAAUUUCAGAAGCUAUAAGGAUCUGUCUAUGGCUCUGAAGAACAUGUUUAGCUUCUUUACAGUUGAAUAUGUGCUUACCUUCGAGGACAAGGAUGGUGAUUGGAUGCUCGUUGGUGAUCUCCCAUGGGAAAUGUUUGUAGAUGCCUGCAAGCGCCUAAGGAUAAUGAAAAGUUCAGAUACAAUUGAUCUUGCUCAACAGGUGAUGCAGAAGUGCAUAAAGCGGUAGGCAUGUCUCUCGCGUCACGUGGAUCUAUAUUUUCUCCACACGACUGUACGGCCACAGAACAGUGUCUCUGCCUGACAGAAGCUUGACGUGUGCAUUUGCACAUGAAGCUAAUCAGCUAGUAGUGUAGUAAAUUAAAAACUAGUGUUCACAAUUAUUCCUAGCUUGUUAGUAGUCUAGGUAAGCUAAUUAUUCCUAGCUUGUUGAUCUUGUGAUAUGCCUUUAACUUCCAUCUCAAUUUGCUAAGCAAAUACUCCAUUAUUAGUAUGAAGCAUUAUUUUUCAUUGUAAAUCAGUUAUGCCUUGUUA